CAUGCGCGGUGCGGCCCCCUCAGCUGGCUUGGUCCCUGGCGAGCGCAGAGCGUGCGCCUUCGGGAAUCUUCGGUGCGCUACGUCUGCUCACCCGGUACCUGCGCUUCUGACUGGAAUUGAGGCGUCGGAGCCUGUCACUCCCGCUCUGGCCUGGGUCUCUAGCGCCUGCGGGAGCGCCAGCUGUGGUCACCUGCGGCCCGGGUGUGUGCUCUAGGGGCCGCAGCUCCCCGGGGGUUUGUUCUGGAAGAGAGCUGAGAGAGCAGUGUCCUGGCGCGUGGAAGCCCCGCACCUCUCGCGUCAUGGUGAAGAAGAACAGUAUCCCCAACGGGUGGAGGACUGUGACGCCAAUUGGACAUCCUCUACCUGGAACACGAUUUAUUGCUUUUAAAGUUCCUUUAAAAGGAGCAGUUAAUCAGAGACUUACUCCAACCCAGAAGUUUACACCAAAAGAUUUGAUAAGUGCAAUAAAAGCACUAAAUGUGGAACUUGGAUUAAUUAUCGAUCUGACAUACACCACAAGAUAUUAUGAAGUUAAGGAUUUACCUAAAAGCAUUCAUUAUAAAAAACUUUAUACUGUUGGACUCGAAGUCCCUGACAAUGCUACUAUUCUGCAGUUCAAAAAGUGGGUCAGAAAGUUCCUGUGGGAAAAUGCAGAAAAUGAUAAACUCAUUGGAGUUCAUUGUACCAAUGGAAUUAACAGAACAGGAUACCUUAUAUGUAGGUACCUUAUCGAUGUUGAAGGCUGGGAUCCAGAUACAGCAAUUCAAGCUUUUGGUGAGGCCCGUGGUCAUCGAAUAGAUGGAUGUGUGUACUUAAAGGAUCUCAAAACUCGACCCAUGAGAAGUAAUCUUGGAAUGGAUGUCUGGGAUUCUGAUGAAGAUGCAAAUCUCCCAUCUAAUUCUAUGGAAGAAUCUGGAGAUUGGUCCCCAAAUGAAGACUUCCAUGGCAGGACUGGGAAAAGGUCAAGGCUUCUUAAUGACCAGCACCCUCGAAAUGAUGUACAGAUAAAGGAUUAUGAUUAUGUCAACAAUGGAUGUUUCCAGAGGCAUGGGGAUUUGUAUAAACACAGGUGUAGUGACAGCAUGCCAGAAGAAAGACAUCUGAGAAAUUGGGAUUUGGGUAACAAAGGACCAGGACCAAGAUGUUCAUUCUUUGCUAAUCACCAGUGUUAUGAUGUCUCUCAAGAGGAAACAGAUUUCAAUAACAAGAUACAUGGAACCAGACCGAGACCAUUUUGUGAUCCCCAGCCUCACAGUGACUACAAUGAACCAGAUGCUGGAGAUGAUUUUGAUUUUGUUAGCAAAGUUGAUGGACAAAAGAGACAUUCCAUUCAGAAUCAUCAGGCCUAUAGCAACUGUUGGGAAAAAUUUCCAACAAAAGAUUAUGGUUUUAUCAACAGAAGCUGGGGACAAAAACGACGGCCUUUCUAUAACCACCAUGAGUACCCACUUCAUGAUGAUUUUCAGGACCAAUUACUUGUACAGAGUUCUCAUUUUCUCAACAGGGGUGGUGGUUUUCAAAGGAAAAAACCCUUCUGCCAGAACUAUUUUCAUGAUGAAAUGAAUUUGGAAGAUUUAGAAUAUACCGAUGUCAUAUCAGAGCACACACGAGGAUCUCUACAUGACCAUUCCAACAAUGAUUUCUCAGAGAAAAUGUCAUUGAAAAAAUAUGUUAAUAGAGGUCAUGGACAAAGACUACCACCUUUUCCAAAGUUUAAAAUGCAAAGGCAUUUAAGAAAUUUUUAUUUCAACGUUGAAACAAAACCAUGGCAUAUAUCUUCCUGUAACCACCCACGUAAUGAUCCACAAGAACAGGUUCUUUUGGAAGAUUUGGAUUUUGAACAGGAAACAUCCUCACAAAGACCAUGGUCUUUUCGGGACUCCCCACUUCCUGAUAACAUAAAUCCUGACUGGCAUUUAGAUAAGUGAGUCAUUUUGUUUUGCACAGUCAGAAAUGGUACUUGACUCCAACAAAACACUCAGACUUCUUUCAGAUUAGGUAUUUUUAUAAAAGUGGUAUAAAUUAUCACCCAAAGCUGAAAUUCAGAUUUAUUCUUAUAUAGAUUGAGUUUGUGAUGAAGGUUUAUUUCUGAUGCUGUGAAUUAUAAAUUUACCUUUAUUUCCUACAAUUGCAGUAAAUAUACAAAUUAGAUUUAAAUGGUUUAGCUUUUCACUGUAAGCUAGUAGUAAAAAAUAAAACAGAAAACAAGAAACAGAUUUCUCAGAGAAAUACUGUGGCUUUUAGAUAAGGAUUUUAAAAAAUAUAGUCAAUCCUUGAACAAGAAGGUUUAAACUGUGCGGGUUCACUUAUAUGUGGAUGUUUUACAGUAUAGUACUGUAAAUGUAUUUUCUUGUAAGAUUUUUGAAUAACAUUUUCUUCUCUCUAGCUUAUUGUAAGAAUACGGUACAUAACACAUGUAGCAUAGGACCACAUGUUAGUCAACUGUUUAUGUUACCAGUAAGGCUUCUGGUAAACAGCAGGCUGUUUGUAGUUAAGUUUAGGGGAGUCAGAAGUUACAUGUGCAUUUUUGACUACACAGGGAUCAGCACCCCUAACUUCCAGUUGUUCAGGGAUCAACUGAAUUCCUUCUAGUUGUCCUACAAAUUAUUUUUUCUUUCAUUUUAAUUCCAGUAUGGUUAACAUACAAUGUUAAAUUAGUUUCAGGUAUA